GGAAAAAGAAACGCGGAAAGGUCAUGUCCAACAAAUUGGUAGCCUACGAGCAUUUCAUGACAGAAGACACCUUCAAUAACAUGCAAGCCUUCAGAGAAAAGAUGAACCAGCAACCAUUAUACAGCGCUUUACGGAGCUUCCUUAUGGCAGAGAAGAAGUUCACUACGCGACAACCCGGUGUAUACGAGAUCAGGGAGGGUAAUCAGAUUAUUUACAUCGGUGGCCAUGACUACCCAAGCAGCAUUUGCGAUUGUUUGACUGCUCACUUUAGCGGGAAUGAUGGACUACCCAUCGGUGCGUAUCUCAGCGGUCCAGCAAGGAAUAAGUGGAAGGAUUUCUUUGUCCGUUGGCUGCCGCAUGUCAAACCGCGCGAAGGAGCGAUGUAUUUAUUACACGAUUAUCAAGUUAAGCAUGGAAAUCUACCACGGUUUAACCUUCCACCGGCUCAUGAGUUUAUUAAUCAAGACUAGAAUAGUAAUAUAUGAAAUGGAGAGAUAUAAUGUUUUGAGUAGAGUCGGUUUAUGUAUACGAAAUAAAACUUAAAUWGAUCCGUUAAAACAUGCAUUUGCUAUUCUCUAUUCGCCAAU